GUGGGGGUAGGUGUGGUAGUUGAUAUGUCGAAUCGAAACGGCCCUCAGUUAUAAGUUCCCGCGUUUAACAGCUACUGGAAAUGCGUUUGGUGUCUCUCCACAAAGCCCCAGCUUCCCAUCUCUUCCAGAAACCUUGCAGAUACAAAGGGAUCAUGUCUCAGUCUGUUGGAAACAGUACUGAGAAAAAGCUGAUUAAAAUUGAUAUCAGCUCGGACACUGUGUGCCCAUGGUGCUUUGUGGGCAAAAGAAAUCUUGACAAAGCUAUAGCUGCUGCAUCUAAGGAUCAAUAUGGCUUUGAGGUUAGAUGGCAUCCAUUUCAACUUAAUCCUUCUGCCCCUAAAGAAGGCAUCAAUAAGAAAGAGUAUUACAGGACAAAAUUUGGAUCUCAAUCUGAGAGGUUGGAAGCUCGGAUGUCAGAGGUUUUUAAGAGCCAUGGACUGGAAUAUAACCUGUCGGGACUCACGGGAAAUACUCUAGACAGCCACAGGCUUAUGUAUUUUGCUGGGCAACAGGGUCUUGAUAAGCAACAUAAUCUUAUGGAGGAGCUGUCCCUAGGCUACUUCACUCAAGGAAAAUACAUUGGUGACCAGGAAUUUCUCGUGGAAUCUGCGAAAAAGGUUGGGAUAGAAGGGGCAGCGGAGUUUCUUCAAGACCCCAACAAUGGGUUAAAAGAGGUUAAGGAGGAACUCGAUAAGUACUCGGCAAACAUUACAGGAGUCCCAUAUUUUGUGAUCAAUGGAAUCCAGAAGCUGAGUGGUGCCCAACCCCCUGAGGUCUUCCUGAGAGCUUUUGAAGUAGUCACCAAUUGAGAAAACUCCACACAUUAAACUAUUAAAGCUUCUAUUUCAGUUGUUAAAAAGAAGGCAACAUCUUUGCCUGUUCUAAUAUUAUGAUGUGUCUUGUUGACUUACUGUUUCCUCUUUAAGCCUUAUGUUUACAGAUGAUGCUGUGACGUGUAUAUUUAUACUGGUGUGAAUAAGUGUUUUAAUAAUAUCUGUAUUUAUAAAUGA